AUGAUAAGAGGACAACAAACAAGAGCCCAGGUACCAACACUACGAACCACAAGAGGACACCUCACCCAAUUCCCAGAAGAAAUAGCCGAGGAGUUCCGCGCAUACUACACGACCCUAUACAAUAUCCACGCGGACCGACCUAACGAGCUACAGGACACUACCGCCAGAGAAACAGAACAAUAUCUACAAGGAUUCCAACCAGAG